GUCGGUACCGCGCAGAGGAGCGACUCAUUUUCUCUGCUGAAGCACCUCCCUCUCCAUCUCCGAAACGGAAGUACGGAUAGGUGCCGUGUUACUGUGUCUGACGCCGACGAGAGGUCCCUGCGCGAGCUGAUUAGCAGUGGGAUCGACGUAUAAGAACCGCAGAGAGGACUGAGUGAAAUACUACACAUUUUUCUCCUCCCACAUCACUUCACUGCUCGUCUCCCUCGUAUCAUGUCCAAGAACAUCGUCAUCGUCGGUGGACACGGUCAGGUCGCCCUCCGCCUCACCCGCCUCCUCACUCCCAAGCACACCGUCACCUCCAUCAUCCGCGACCCUGCGCAUGCUGCCGACAUCACCGCCGCCUCCGCCACGCCCCUCGUCCUUUCCAUUGAGGAAUCCACCCCUGCGGACCUCGCCAAAGUCUUCGCUGGGAAGGACGUCGUUUACUACACCGCCGGGUCCGGUGGCAAGGGCGGCGAGGCGCGUCACAAAUCCGUCGACCACGAGGGCGCGGUGAAGGUCUUCGACGCCAUUGAGGCUGUGGAGGGCCCAAAGCCGCGCCUCAUCCUGAUUUCCUCCGUUGACGUGCGCGAUUUGAAGAAACCGGCUCCGUCUCACUACAACGCUGAGGACAUCGCCAUGUCGAAGGGCCUCUACGAGCAGAUCCCGGCAUACAUGGCUGCGAAGUACGCUGCCGAUAAGGAUCUCUCGCAGCGCACUGCGUUCAAGUGGACUGUCGUCCGCCCGGGAUUCCUUUCUGACAACCCUGGGACGGGGAAGAUCACCGCUGGACGUACCCACAUUACCGCAAAUAUCCCGCGCGACGAUGUCGCCAAGGUGCUAGCUUCUUUGCUCGACCGCGAAGACGCUGCGUCGCUCGCCAUCGACAUCGUCGGUGGUGACACGCCGGUCGAAGAGGCGCUGGACUCUGCUAUCAAGAACAGGGAGAACGCCUUCCUCGACCUGUAAUUCAUCGAAUGGUAUACCCCGCGUUUAGUUGUCAUAAACAACCUCCAUGUAUAUCUUACGAGUAACAAUCGCAUGCUUUUCCUACCAUCC